GCAAAGCCGCGCUCGCAGCAGGUUGGUCCUCCUGCACCCGGUUUGGUCGCUCCAGCCAGCACCUCCAGGCGCAGCUGGAUUCAAGGUGAAGAAAGUGAGUUCAGUACCUUUCCGCCCCUGGAAUAGCAGUCUCAGCACACUGCGGCCCAAGUCCAUGCUCUGCUUUCCAUCGUCCCGACCUAGAAGUUGUGGGUUCUGUUUACCCUCAGAAUCUGAAUCAAGAUCCGGUGUCCCGGCCCGUAGAGCCAUUCUGUAGGGAGCCCCGAGGACACAGUCCGAGGAUCGGGUGUGCCGGGAAGUCCCUUGUGCUCGCACUCGCUUUGUGUCCUGGGACACCUCUGAAGUCCCCAGACGCCGCUCUGCCCCGCGUCCCCGCCCAGAGACACCGAGGCGCGCAGGUAUCAGCAGCGCCCGCUAAGUACCGAUUCUGUUCCAGCCGGACGCCGCCGGGACACCGCCCCACCGCCGGGUCGCGGACUUCCCAGUCAGCGCACACGCACCUGCCUCGAGACCCGCCCCUGGGAGCUUCCUUUCGGGUCCUCCGCGCCCAGACAUGCGGCCAGCUAAGCCAGGAGCCCCACUGUCCACGCUUCUCCUGCUCGUUCUGGUUUUGCCCCUGCCCGGGGCACACGGGAGGCCCCGGAGUGGCAGGGGAGCAUAUGCCGCGGAGCAAGAACCCAAGUCGUGGCUUUUCCUCCCCGCGGCCAGAGCCGGCCGGGCACCCAGCGCCUCACGGAGCGCGGGUAAGCAGUCCUUUGCUCUGAUGCAGGGAUUUAAGAAGGCGGAAUUAAGCAGAGCAGAGAACAGACCAUCUCUAAAGAUAACCGGUUUUCAGGAAAAGAGAAAUAUUCCCAAGAGAUUUGAAUUUAAAAGACAAAUUCAUAAAACAUUUCACAGGGCCAGUCACAUUUUCAGCUGAAUGUAGCAAACAUUUCCAUCGACUCUAUCACAACACUAGGGAUUGUUCAACACCAGCU